AUGCCGAGGCGCGGUGGGGCCUGUGGGCCCGCGGCUGUGUUCGCGUGUGUGUUCGGGCUGAUCCUCGCGCUGCCGGCGGCUCACCUCUUCUCCAAUGCUUUCUCUGUCUCCCCCCAACUCAGCAGCAGCUGGAAAGGGCCUCUUUGCCCGGCCGCAGCUCGAGACGGGGCCCCCCAGCGCCCCGGCUGCAGCAGACUGCUGGGAUCUGACGGCGGCCGCGGCCUCAGCGCCUCCGGGCGAAUUCCUCUUAGAACAAAAAGGGUCUCUGCUGCACCCCUGAAGGCAGAAGGAGACGCCGGGGGGGGGAAUGGGGGCCCCAUACUGCUGGCCGAACGCUCCGUCAACAGAGUGACACUCAUUGGCCGCGUGGGCUUAGAGCCCGAAGUGCGGCAGCUGCCCAGCGGCGACCGCAUGGCCUCUUUCUCUUUGGCCACUUCGGAGCAGUGGCGCGACAAGACUACUGGGGAAGUCAGGAGCCGCACGGAGUGGCACCGCGUGGUGGUGUUCGACAGAGGCCUCGUGGACCUUGUGGAGGCUUAUGUGCACAAAGGCCGCCGGCUGUAUGUAGACGGGUCGCUGCAGACGCGGCGCUGGGUGGCUUCUGACGGCCAAGAGAGAUACACCACCGAAGUGCUGCUGUCGAAGUACAAAGGCGAGCUCGUGCUGCUGGAAAGCCCAGAGGAAAGGCAUGCUGCUGCUGCUGCAGCAGCAGCAGGCAGCCGAGCUGCUGCUGCAGACGGCCAGCACAGUGGCGCAAUGCCGCGUGCUGCGCCAGCAGCUGCAGCAGCAGCACCCCCCCCUGCUGCAGCUGGCCCGGCGCAGGCCCUGCGCAGCAGCACAGCCCCGGCUGGGGCUUUUGGCACCAGCCAGCCUCCGUGGAGGUAG